UCUAAUUCAGAAAUAGUACAGUCAAGCCGUUCUACAACUUCGACCGAGUUAUCAAAUGUUCCUUAUGGUAGCUUAGUCUGGGCAAAAAUGCAAGGCUUUCCUUGGUAUCCAGCUGAGGUUGCGGACCCAAAUGGGCCUGAAGUCACUGAGGCGAUCAGAUCAGACAAAAAAGAAGGUGAUCAUUAUUUGGUACGCUUUUUCGAUGAGAAAAAAGAGAAGAAGAAAUCUAGACGCAGUUGGAAAUGGGUUCCGGAGACUAAAGUCCUCCUUAUUGGAGAUCAGCAAAUGGACUUGUCAAAAUUAAGGGAAAAAUCAAUGUCAAAUACGAUGAAAAAGGAAGUUCCCAAAGCGUAUGAAGCUGCAUGUUUGUCUAAAGGUAUAGAACCCGUUGUUUUACAACAACUACAACAACUUUCGGUAGUGCCUCUAAAAAAACAUAAUC